CAAAAGUGUCACUGAACGGGCCAUCAGGCAAGUGUCAUUUUUGGAAAACAAGUUCUGCUGUUGCGGCGAAAUAUUUGCAGUUAUUUGUAUAAUCAUGGAUACAUUACAAUUAACACCUAAAGUCGAAGCUAGCCAGUCUACGGAUGAAGAGCCGUUGAAGAAAAUAUUCGAUGACGCUAUGAAGAUAUACGAUAACAUUGAAAAAGGUAGCGAGCCGACAAAUAGUAAUGCCGUUCAGCUAAGCGUAAAAUCAGCAAUAGCAAAAUUCGAGAAGGCCACAAACCUGGUGUCCAUGACGGGCAUGUUCAGUAAGAACGAGAGCCUGGACGAGCUGCCGACGGAGACCCUGCAGUAUCUACUGCUGCCCGCCCUGCUGGGGUCUCUCAGUCUGAAGCUGUGUAACCAACCACGGCUGGACCUGGUCAAUGUCGCUGAGAUUUAUUUUAGAGACUACCUACAGAGGUGUAAGGACUAUGGAGUGACAGACCUUGAGGUACCACAGACUAGCACACCCUCAAAUGCAGUUGAUAGGCCACAGAGUGAACAGGCUAAGAUUGCAGGUUUGGUCCAAACAAGAGAAGCGAAGAUCAGAAGGUACAAGGAGAACAAAGAGUUACAAGAACAACUCAGCAAGCUGUCCAAAGCCAUGGAGAGCUCGGCAGACGAGGAGACCAAGAGAGCGUACUUCUUGAAGCUGCUGCAGAGUUACAUCAACCAGUCCUUUGAGGAGCUCAGCAGUAUUGAGCAAGAGAAGUCUAUUCUAGAGUAUAUGGCUAAGCAUGCUGGAGAGCCGAAGCCUAAAGAACGUCCCCGAGCGCCCCUGAAGCCGGUCAUCAUAGCUCGCGACGCGGUGCAGAAGGCGGUGUUCGGCGCUGGAUACCCCGCCAUACCCACUUAUACGGUCGAGGAGUUCUAUGAUCAAAGGGUUAAGGAGGGGAUUUUCCCCGGCGCGUGCACGAAUAUACCGCACACCACCAUACAGAACACAGAGAACGAUGCGGAUGAAGAAGAGAGGAUACGAAAGGAACGUCUGGUAGAACAAGACGACCCUGAAGAGAGAGCCAGACAGAACAAUAUGGAUGAGUACAAGGACGACCACCGACGCGGCUGGGGGAACCGGUACAACAGGAGCUAGACAACUCCAUACUAGACUACCAACCAUCCUCCAUCGAACCAUGCUGGCCAACUGACAAGCAAUAUGGCUCAAGAAGUUGGCCCACUAUAACCUAGGAUGGCCCACUGUGAAAUAUUGGCCUACUGUAUGAAUGUUAGCUCUUUGUUCUCGAAAAUGUUGGGCCACUAAACCCUAUAAUGGCCGACUGUAUCCCAAGAAGUUGGUUCACUAUACUAAGGCCCACUGUACAUGAAAAUGUUGGCCCACUUUGUCUUACGAUGGCCCACUGUAACUCAAGAAGCUGUCCCGCUGUAUGUAUAGGGGAUAAAGAUACCCUACGAAGACUCGCUAUAUUCAAAAAUGUGAGCCCACUGUACCGCACAAUGGUCCAUUAUAUUUCAAGAAGUCGGCCCAACUACGUUUGCAGCAUGGGAGAUGACGUCAUCAAUCGUCAUAGUCUACUCGAUACAGUUGGUCAAUGCUACUGUUUGAAGAGUUUACCAACUGAGUGUUUAAUGUAUGUAAUGUAUGCAGACUGUGGGUUCUCGAAUGUGAGAUACAUAAUAUUGUUUGCUGUACCGGAUUUUGUUUAAAUGAAAUGGAUAAUGUAUUAUUUUGUUGUUAUUACAGACUGCUGUAUAGA